AUGAUAGGUCUUUACUUCAAGUUACACAAUGUUCACCGACCUGUUACCAUGAAGAGACCUCCCACUCCGGCAUCCACUUCCGGGUCUGAGCAUGGUUAUUUUUCUUCGGACGAUGACGUCUGCUCAAUCGAAGAUUUGUCCUCGGUAAGUCGUAAGAGAAAAUCGGAUGACUCGGCUGUUUCCAAUGGUAAACGUCGCUGCGGAAACAAUGGUAGAGCUUCUCCGAUCGAAGAUCAUCAUUAUACCUCUAGGCGCAAACCAUCAUUAAAUUCUGGGAUUUCACCUCAAGUUCAUAUUCAUCACAAUAAUAAUUCUUCUUAUAAUGGACGUAUUAUGGGCACACCGACCAUUCCCUUGACAUCCGUAUUUUCCGGCCAAUAUAAUAACGAUGGUUCUGCUCCAUCCGUCAAUCUUGCUGCUCCUAACCCUCAAAGUUCUAGUUCGAUUUCAGCCUUGUUGAAUCCCACCCCUAAUAAUAGCGUCGGUCCUCAACUAGCUCCAAUUACAUCAGGUCAGACCGCACCCAUCGAAACAACUAGUGCCCAAGGAAUGCCCAUCGGCUUACCUAUUCCGAUGAGCACUACUACUACAAUGACCGCUCAUCACCAUCCCUCUCAACCAAUCAUUCCACCCAUGAGCAAUGCAACUCCCGAUCCCAACCUUACUCAUCAAGUAUUACAGGCUCAUCGCCAAGAAUUACAACGCGAAGUUUCACACCUUAGUAUGUUGUUAAACAGGACCACUGCAAUUUUAGUUGGUUUGGACCAGGCAAUGGCUUCCAAUGUUGCAAAUCGGGGUGGCGUUGAAAAUACUCAUUCUUGUAUGACAUAUGGAUCCUCACCUGAUAACGGUUCUUUGUUGGGAAACAACAGAAGUCACUACAGCAAUAUUGGACUGCCAACCCCUCCUGUUAACACAAUAUCUCUUGGAUUUAUCGCGCGCUCUUGCGCCAAGCAACUCACGAAAAAGGUCAACGGUAGGAAAAUUUUGGAGGCUCGAAAGAAAAUGGAGGUGGAAAAUUCUUCGCCUAUCAUACCAAAUAGAAUUUUGGAGCAGGGAGAAUACGUGAAUCCCGGGUCUACCUAUCCUCUCUCAACGCCAUUUAUCACACCACCAAUUAAUCCGAAUAGGCAGAGACCCGUGUUAAAUAAUUCCAGGUUUGGAGCUCGGAACAACGAGAAUAAUUUCAGGCCAGUCGGAAUUCAGGACGAUUUGAGUGUUCCCGGAUUUCCUGGAAGUUGGGAGAACGCGAAUGGUCAAAUACCAAAUACUUUGACAUCGGACCAACAAUACGUGACAUCAUUACGUUUCACGUAUCGAACCCCACUUAAUGCCGAACCACUUUUUACGCAAAUGCGAGAAAAUAUCGAAGCAAUGCCGGAAGCGGAAAGAUCACAAAGGAACCGGAUUCCACCAGUGGGGGUUCCUCAAGAAACGAGACCACGUCGAAUGCUUCCCCAAACUCCAAAACUCUCCGGCUCCGACUCGCGACUUAGGCCGCAAUUACAACAACCACAGAGACUCCAACCACCGCCAAGUUCUUGGCAGCAACAACAGCAACGCGCUCUCAAUUCUUCGCAGGAUCAGUACAACAAUCAACCCCUGCGCAGUUACACACGACGUUCAAGGAGUCAACCGCAACUUCACCCUCUCCCAUUACCUCCGUUUGGUGAUUAUACAGAAAUUCCUCCAGUUCCAGUAAUUCCACAAGCUAAUCGACAAGUUGUCCGGCAAUCCACACUUGACGAAAGAUCAUUGCCACCAAUAAUAGGGAAAAAUCCACGAGACUUACCACUUCGGCAAUUGAUUUCCAUACAAAACAUGAAUGAAGUUUCAUCUGCAACAAAAUCAAAUGAUAACACUCGUGUUCAGAGUGCACAAUACGAAUCAUCGAUUAGUCAAUACAGUAAUAGUGAUGAGGAGAUUUCUUCAUUUAGACAAUCAGGUGCAUCAAUGUUGAGCGACGACGACGUUUUUGUCAAAAUAAUUCCGAGAUCAAAAUCUACACAAGAUUUGAGAAAUGCCAAUUUAUCAUAUAUAAUGGAUGUAAACCGUGAAGGAAGCACAUAUAUUGGUAUGCAACCUCUGUUACAACCUGGGAGUAAUAAUAGUCGACGAACUUUAAAUGACCCUAACUAUAAUAGGAUGAUAGACAAUGGUUACGUAAAUAAUACGGUGGCCGUAAAUGCCAAUAAUAAUUAUAGAAAUAAUGGUCAGCUGCUUUACGAGCAAAGGACUCAAAAAGCAAUCAAUAAUAGCAGGCGAUAUUAUUAG